CUCUUACGAAAAACAAGUAAAACCAUUCAAAAUCCUCCCUGGCGGUAGCAAUUUCCCGCGCGCCACAUAUUCCUCCGCAGUACUACCGCAUUUUCCACUAAUCAUGCGCAGCCAUCACGCCUCCGACGUCCUGUACGCACAGACGGAAGCUCCAGAGAUGCCGGACCCUCUCUCCGGUGAACCCACCGACCAGCAUGGCAUCCCGUUGUCCGUCGCGCACAGUCCGCAGACCAACCUGCCCGUUUGGCAGUUCAUCCAUAAGCUGGACACGCCCCUCCCGAACCCGAAGAGUGGUGAUCGCCCGUACACUCACAUCUGCAUCUUAUGUUCGGCCUCUCCGCCGCCGCGGGCCACGACGAAGCGUGCGGCCACGUGGCGCGACGCCCUGAUGCGCCAACGGAUGUCCACGAACGCCGUGGCACACAUGCAACGCGUCCAUCCAGAAGAGUUCGUCACUAUUGCCGAUUAUAAGCAACGCAAACGGGAAGCGUUGGCGGAGAAAGCUUCCAAUGGAGCGAACGAACCCAAGAAGAAGAGAGCCAAGAGAACGCCAGGGCCCAAGAAGCAGACCACGACCAACCGUCCAGUUGACGACAAUCAGGAGAGUAAAUCUGCUGAUGCAGUGCCAGUGGCUGCGGUGGUCAAGACUCAGAAGACGGGAGUGUCGGCACGGAAGCGUGCGGCUGGCAAAAUGACGGACCUGGUCAAGACGUGGCUUAUCUCGUCGGGUUUGCCCGUCUCCGUGCUGCAAGAUGACACCUUGCAACACCUUCUGAAGAUGUCAAACUCGGCUAAUUUGACGUUGCCAACCGCAACGAACCUGAAUGCUCAAGUACAGGAUGAGUUUGCGAGGUUUGGCAGCUUUCUGGGCUCAUAUCUCGCUUCCGAGUCUCAGGCGGCUAUGGGUCUGCCGUUCUUAUCGCUUCGUCACGGAUUCCGACCAAUCGUUGGUGCUACUGCUGAAGAUGGAGUGAAAGACGACGCCGUGUCGAACCAGGAGAAGGCGUUCCUUAGUGUGGCAAUAGGAUUCAUUGAUUCCCAGUGGCGCAGAGUGGACCUGGUGCUGGCAGCGAAGGAAGUUCCAAGCGGUUGGAGCCAACAAGUCAACCAACUUGUGACUCAGACUGUCGCAGAGACGUACAGCAUCCCCUCGAUCUCAAACUACGCGCGGUUCCACGUGGAUGCCGUGGAGGACUCUCCAUCGAGUCUUGAGGUUGGCGGAGAGUACGAAGCUUCCGCUGACGACCACGAGGACCUAUUGACACACACGCUGCGUCACUGUGUGAUCGAUGCACUGGGUGUCGGCGCCACGAGCUCUUUCGGUGAAGAAACCAACACUCGUCGCAUUCUACGACUGCUUCAGGAACUUCUGGGUUUCUUCGAGGCGCCUGAUCGAGCCAAUACGCUCGCGGAGAUCGGGACUACGAGCGGAGUUCAUGUGACGUUGUAUUCAGCUUCAUCAAUUGACGCACUGGCACUCUCCUCCUUGACGUCAAUUGGCGCAAUUGCUGAGCUGUUGCGAGUGAGUUGUGCUCGAUACCGUGCCUACUGCUUGUACUUCCAGUCGUCUAUGAGGCCAACCGUAGCCGAGCCGGAGUUGGAGACGGCGUGGACGCAGCUUUCCACGGACGACUGGCAGACUGUCACGGAGAUCGAAUCCAUUUUGAACCACCUGGUGCAGUUCCGUCUUGAAGAGCGCAUUGCUCCGAGACCAGGAGCAGUUGCGCCUUCCUAUGCGCUGCUGUUCCGCCGUUUACUCUCAGUUACAGUCAAUGCCUCCAGUCUGAAGUGUCUCUCGUUAGAGGACGAUGCUGUCGUUGGUUCUUCCCCAGUGAAGCGUACUGCGCGUCGUAAAGCCAAACGUGUGGACUUGUUUACUCCGACAGGCCGUCAAUGUCUCGAGCAGCUCCGUCAGCUGAUCACGCAGCAUUUUUCGACUCCAACGACCUCGUCUGAAGUUGAUGAUGAAAUCAAAGCCAUGCUACUGGAUCCCCGUAUCAGCUCUAAGGCUGUCAAUCUCGUCUCGGACAGUUGUGUGUUCCGUCGCGCUCAAGAAGCUUUGCGUCAGGAGCAUCGCGUGGUUUUCCAGUUGCUUGCAGCUCGACCGAGUGAUGCUAGCUCAAGUACUGAAGAAGAGGUGGAAGAAGAUGAAGACGACGACGAAAUGAGUUCACUAUUGAUGGUUGAUGGACCAAAGAACCAGCCGCCUGCUGCUGCGUCGACUACGAGCAGUGGGAAACGUUCAAGUGAUGCUGUGGCUGAGGACGAGGCUCGUGCGUGGCGUGAAUGGCAACAAGUGUAUGUCGCGUGGGACACUCUUGCAACCGAGGGAGCAGACUUGUUCGACAAGGGCCAGUACAACCUGCUGAAGCUGUAUCACCACGUGAAUAUCCUGAAGUGGUUCCGAGAUGUUGGUCAGCAGGCGCAUCCAGCGGCGGCACUGCUCGCUCGCAUGUACCUUGGUCAGCAACGUCCUCCGUCUCGAGCUCUGGGGGCAUCCCUGUUACGGUUUUCGAAGCAGGAAGAAUCUGACUGGGUUUCAGGGGCUGCCGAGCGAGCAGAGAAGCGUUGCAUCCUUCACCACAACUGGCGUCAGUAUCAGCAACUCAGUGCAGGUGCAGCGGUUGUUUCCGCCAUGGAUGAAGACAUUAAGAUUACCACUAUCUGAGAAUAAUUAACAAGCGUGUGCUUUCACUGCUGAUAGGGCGAAUCUUCUUAGUGCAUUUCGCUCCAGGCCACUAAAUAUUCUCUUAUUAAUUCUCUUUAUUUCGUGCUA